AUGGACAAGCCAAACCAAAUUAGUGAAGCCACACAAGAGAGGAUGGGGGAUGAUGAUGCGUGGAAAGAAUUGCUCAAAACUCUCCCCAAAGUGAGACUUCCAAAUGGGAGAGACAUGUUUUUGUAUAAAGGGUAUUGGUAUCCAUGUAUGUUCAUUCACGACAUUCUCUCUUUUCAACAACAUUUCAAAGCACAAAAUUUUGAGAUAAUACUAGCCAGUCUCCCAAAAGCAGGCACAACAUGGUUAAAAGCACUUACAUUUGCUAUAGCCAACCGCAACAACUACUCUUUCAGCGAAAACCCAUUGCUCACUACCAACCCUCACGAUCUUGUCCCUUUCCUUGACAACGCUGUCUACGAAACAAAACCCAUUAUUCAAGCUUGA